AUGGCUGCAUUCAGAAAAGCGAUUGACUGUUUCCUCGGCAGAUUGAAAAAUCCCAUUUCGCCCACUCAAUCAGCAUCCAAGGACAGCGCAUCUGACAAAGUUGGACUGGGAGGUCGGCAGAAGAACUUUAAUAACGUGUUUGAAGUGAAAAAUAGAGGAGAUGGUGCUGUGGGUCAUAACGAUGAGUAUCAAAAGAGAAAGUUGCAUGUCGCGUGGAACAUGAUGGUUCCUGGGACAGUUCAUCAGAUCAGACCCAAGGAUGACAACAGGUCAAGCAUGAAUAAAGUAGGAUGUGCUGUUGGAGAAACUGUGCUGCAUGUUGCAGCAUUAUAUAACAGUAAGGAAGCUGCAAUUAUAUUGCUCAAUGCCUUUCCAUUCUUAAUUGAUGAACCAAUUGACUGCGAGAUGUACAAGGGUGAAACUGCACUGCACAUUGCAGUGGUGAAUCAGAAUGUGGACCUUAUUAAGGAGCUGCUGGCACUAAAUGCAGAUAUAAAACAUUCUCGUGCUGUAGGGACGUUUUUCACUCCAGGAAAAGACUGUCGAUGUUAUUAUGGGGAAUAUGUUUUAUCCUUUGCAGCAUGCAUAGGAAAUGAACAAAUAGUUAAAAUGAUUGUGGCACAUGGGGCACCUUUAAAUGCACAAGAUAAACAAGGUAACACUGUUUUCCACAUGCUUGUGCUGCACCCUAAUAAGGGCAUGGCCUGCAGAAUGUACAAUUUUAUUUCAUCACUUAUAUCCAAGGAAAAGAUUGAGUACCUAGAGAAUAUCACCAACAAAGAUGGACUCACUCCCAUGAAACUGUCAGCGUUUGAAGGGGAUGUAGCAAUGUUCAGUCAUUUCAUGAAGAAGAGAAAGCAGAUUUAUUGGGCUUUUGGACCUGUAUCGUCCACCUUGUAUGAUCUUACAGGAAUUGAUACCUGGGGUGAUGAACUCUCUGUCCUUGACAUCUUAUGCUCUAGCAAGAAGAAGGAGGCUCGGAAACUAUUAAAGAUUACUCCAGUGAAAGAAGUGCUUCAUCAUAAGUGGACUAAUUAUGGCUUCAAAUAUUUCUUGUUGUGGACUGCACUUUACUUCUUGUACACGAUCAUUUUUACCGUUUGCUGUGUGUACCGUCCUCUUACACCAGCAGGUUCUGACGGAGACAACAUCACCAUCAUGGUUCCAAAACCACUGAACGAAGCCUAUGCUUCUGCUGAAGACUUUGCUCGAUUGGCAGGAGAAAUUCUGACAGUUGUGGGAGCUGUUCUGAUCCUAGUUACGGAGAUUCCACGACUGAUUCACAUAGGACCUGCAAAAUAUUUUGGAAACACAGUAACUGGAGGCCCUUUUCACAUUACAAUGAUUGUUUAUGCUUGCUUUGUUCUAAUCACCAUGAUACUAAGAGUUUUGAACCAUGAAUGGGAAACAGUUAUAAUGGCGUAUGCUCUGAUAAGUGCCUGGUGUAAUGUCCUUUACUUUGCACGUGGAUUCAAGUUGCUUGGUCCCCUGUGCAUCAUGAUACAAAAGAUGAUUUUUGGUGAUCUCAUGAGGUUUUGUUACGUUCUGAUAAUUGUCAUUAUAGGAUUUGGUGCAGGUUUCGAUGUUCACUUUCAAGCCUUGGAUCCAAAUACCUAUUUGUACUUCAGGGAUUUUACCAUCACCAUUUUCACAUUGUUUCAGCUGAUGAUGGGUCUCACUGAACUUCCAGGUCCACCUGACAUCAAGAUCCCUGACAUUAUCAUUGUCCUUUAUAUGGUGUACAUGUGUUUUGGCUUUGUUCUUCUCCUGAAUCUUUUCAUUGCUUUAAUGGGUGAUACUCAUUAUCGAGUCGUCAGUGAACGAAAGUCACUAUGGAAAGCUCAGAUUGCUGCAACCACUCUUCUACUUGAGAGGAGACUGCCAGCCUGGCUGUGGCCUAGAGCAGGAAUACCGGGAGAUCUGUUGGGUCUCAACGUGGAAAAGUGGUACUUAAGGGUCGAAGAGAGAAGUGACUACCAAAAGGCGAGAAAGAAGUCUGAAAAUGAGGAGAAAGAAAAUGUAACCCAUCCAAGGAAAAACAGAAGUGCCUACCGUUGGAAGCUCAUCCAUAAAAACAUUUCAAAAAGUCUUAAAAAGAAUGAUGAUGCAUGUGAUAUGACUACUUUGUAA